AACGACCUGUGAAAACUGAACGAAUCUUUCGAUUGGCAAGUGACUCAGAAAUCGGCAAGAUGGAGCCUUUCGCUUGGUUUUCAUAAAUCAGAAUCAGCACGUGUGUAAAAAGUGCCAAAUUAAAUUCGUAAUAUGGAUGAUCGUACAGAUAUACCUCAGGAUGGACCCGCUGGCAUGGACCCUGAGGGCGUCAUUGAAUCGACAUGGGAUGAAGUCUAUGAUAACUUCGAUGACAUGAACCUCAAAGAGGAAUUGCUACGCGGUAUUUAUGGUUAUGGUUUUGAGAAACCAUCUGCUAUCCAGCAGCGUGCUAUUAUUCCCUGCGUUAAAGGUCGCGAUGUCAUCGCACAGGCCCAGUCUGGUACUGGAAAAACUGCAACAUUUUCCAUUGCUAUUCUCCAACAAAUCGAUACGUCCAUUCGCGAUUGUCAAGCACUCAUUUUGGCACCCACUCGUGAGUUGGCUAGCCAAAUUCAACGUGUUGUCAAUGCACUUGGUGAAUUCAUGAAGGUCUUCAGUCAUGCAUGCAUUGGUGGUACCAAUGUCCGUGAGGAUGUGCGCAGCUUGGAAAGUGGUUGUCAUGUUGUUGUCGGCACUCCCGGUCGUGUAUCCGAUAUGAUUAAUCGUAAAGUCUUGAGGACAAACAACAUUAAGUUGUUCGUUUUGGAUGAAGCCGAUGAAAUGUUGUCACGCGGUUUCAAAGAUCAAAUUCAAGAUGUAUUCAAGACGCUUCCAAAUGAUGUCCAAGUCAUUUUGUUAUCUGCCACAAUGCCAUCGGAUGUAUUAGAAGUUAGCCGCUGUUUCAUGCGUGAUCCAGUAAGCAUUUUAGUCAAGAAGGAGGAAUUGACCCUCGAAGGUAUCAAACAGUUUUACGUUAAUGUGAAACAAGAGAACUGGAAACUGGGUACACUAUGUGAUUUAUACGAUACACUUUCCAUUACUCAGUCGGUUAUCUUUUGUAACACUAGGCGUAAGGUCGACCAACUGACCCAAGAAAUGACCAAUCACAAUUUCACCGUUUCGGCAAUGCACGGAGACAUGGAACAGAAGGACCGUGAGAUCAUUAUGAAACAAUUCCGUUCGGGUUCAUCCCGUGUCUUGAUCACUACCGAUUUGUUGGCUCGUGGUAUUGAUGUUCAGCAAGUUUCCCUAGUCAUCAAUUAUGACCUACCAUCAAAUCGUGAAAACUACAUUCACAGAAUUGGACGUGGUGGACGUUUCGGUCGUAAGGGAGUGGCCAUCAACUUCAUCACAGAUGAAGACAGGCGGAUCUUGAAGGAUAUCGAACAAUUUUACCAUACAACUAUUGAAGAAAUGCCAGCUAACAUCGCUGAUUUGAUUUAAAUUUUUUGAGCAGCCGCAAUAAUAUCUUCUUCUAAAAAUAAAAAAAAAUACAACAAUUUAAAAGAUAAAUAAAAAAAAACACAAAAUAACAACAAAAAAGUGCGCUCACUUAGCAGAGUUUUACAACAACAAGCUACAACUAUACAACAACAACAACAACAA